UUGAAAUUACUGUAGAAGCAGCCUCAUAUUUAGAAGUUCUCCUGCACCACCCAAAAUUUACCAUGAGCAAGGACAUUAAAACUGAAGAUGUGCCACAAGCUAGUAGCAGUAAUCAGGAAAGGACUGAUACAUUUCCUAAGAAGGAAGUUGAAGAAGGCCCUGCAAAAGAUCUGCAGCAGGAAGCAGAAGAGAAAACAUUCCAGUUUUGUUUAAAAAAAAAUAAAUAUGUAGUGACUUGUGAUGAUUCCAUGACUGUGCUAGAUGCUCUGAAUACAAUACAGAUCUUUAAGAAUGAAAAAGUAAAAAACAGAGACAAAGCUGUACUUAUUAAAAGAUCAAAAGAAAACCUAGAAGCCGCUGUGAAAACAGAUUUCCCCUGCUGUCUUAUUGAAAAUAAUGAGAUUAUAAAUGUAACCUUUAUUAAAAAUGAUGGAGAUGCUUCUGAGCAACAAAAUAUUACGGAAAGAGGGCAACAUCCAUCACGCAGUAACCCUGACAUGUUUGUCACUUUCUACAUUGAAAAAAGAGGAGGAGAGAAAGUGAAUCUCUUACUUAAAAGCGAAGCUCUGAGAGGCAAAGUUGAGUGUGUUUGUGUUUAUGCACACAAAGAAGACACAUUGAAAAAAGCUCUUAAGCGUGAUGGGAGAUUCAUUGAUGACAUAUUCAUGAAACACUGUGGACUAUUUGAGAAUAUUACAGAAUGCAGGCAUGAAAUGUCACACCCUGUUAAACACCUUAACCAAAAGAAGUUCAAAGUAGUUGUUCUCAGUAAUGCCAUACAGCCAGAUAGUCAAGAUGAUCUGACUUCUCAAGUCAAAACUGUACCUGAUGAAGCGUUAGAUGCUCAGGUGGGUGAGGAUGUUGGUACCAGCCAGAACCCUGUUAACACUGAGCAAGAAAUAAAACAAAAUAAAAAUGAAGGAGAGUCCACAGGAGCUUCAGCCAAACCGCCUGCGCCUAAAGUCAUUCCAAACUCUGAAGAGAUUCUGGGAAUUCUGCGUGAUCAGUUUAAAGGUUUACUAGAAAAGCUACAGGAGCGAGAGAACCUCAAGAACAAAUCUGAGGUGCAGAAAUUCUUCAAAGAAGAAUUUGCUAAAAGUGUUGAAAAUUUCUUGAAAGUGAGGCAAGUGAAGAGGCUUGCAAAGCUUUCAGACUCUGUAUGUCAGAUUCUAGUGGAGAGUAAUCCUGAAGGAACUGGAUUCUUACUAUUCGGCAGAUUUAUCCUAACUAACGCACAUGUGAUUGAGCCCUUUGCUAGUUGCACUCAGAAUCAACCUUAUCUAUUUAGACUCCGAAAAGAGGUAAGAGCUGUGUUUAAUUUUGAAGAACACCACCCAAAAAUACCAUUGGACGUGGAAGUCAAUAACAUUGUUGCCUAUGCUUUGGGAAAAAACAGUGAGGAUAGACAUCUUGACUAUGCCCUUCUUGAAAUGAACAAUGAUCCACCUACUGACCUUCCUAAAUUGCUUGAUUGUCACAGCUUUGCCCCUCCUCGUGCUGGUAGUCAGAUCUGCAUCGUGGGCCAUCCGGGUGAAGGGGUGAAGAAAGUGGACCCCUGUUUCAUCAUUGAAAAAGAGCCCACAGGUUUCUUCCAAGUCAUUACACAACAAUGUUUAAAGGAAGUGGAAGAAAAUCAGAUUCCUUAUCACACUUGUUUCUUCAAUGGAUCUUCUGGUUCCCCAGUUUUUGAUGAACACUGCUAUCUGAUUGGUAUCCACACCGGGGGUUUUAAUCAUAAAGAUAUAUUUGGCAAAAAACAAAGAGUGCUAGAAUACGCUUAUUCUCUGAAGCCCAUCCUGGAAAACAUCAAAAUACAGGUGGAGAACAUGGAGAACAUGGAGGAGAGCAAAAGAAACUACAUCUUAAAAAUCUUAGAGGAUCGUAGUGAUAUAAGCGAUAUGUAGACGGCAGAACAUCAGAUUCUCACAGUCAAGAGAUACAAGAUUCAAGCAAUUCAUAUGUGAAUCCUAGAGAGGAAAUACUGCAAAAUCUCUGUUUAUGUGAGAUAAAUUAUUUAGUACCUUUAUUGGUCCAGGGUUGCACCAGACAAAACUGAAUAGAGAACACAACUUUUAUUUGCAUAAUUUAUGUUUGAACUGUGAUAUUUAUGAUGAUAAGAGUAGACCCUUUUACAGUUGGUAAACAUUGUGACGUAUUUGUGUGGGCGGGGCUUAGCUGGAGGCAAAAAGAGCCGCAGAGGCUAUGUUGACAAGCUUAAGAUAGCACGUUUUAGGAGGGAUUUAUUAAACAUGGAUGCAGAAGAAGUUUCGGAUCUGUCCGAAUAUGUACAGUCACUGAUUCUGCGGGACCGUGACAGGUAUUUUUGUAAAUUAACUCUUGCGAUUUUAACCAGGUUUUAGAUAUUUCCUAGACCUAGACAACAUAUGAAUUACUUUCAGGGGGUUUGGGUAAAUUUGUCUAGGCUUACUGUCUUAUGUGUCCUAUCACUGGGCUAACUAUAAUUAGCAAUGUGGAUUAUUUUAAGAGACUAUUCAAACGAUGGCAUACCUAUCGCUGUAUGUUUGUUUAACAUUUAAGCUAAACAAUAGCGCGGUUGGCGACUUUUCACCUAUAAAACAGAAACUUGCUGAUUUGUACUAGAUAAAACCAACACAACAGUACAUAUGCAUAGAUUAUUUUACCUGAUAUUUAGUGUGCACUGCAAACACGAGCAUUAUUUAUGAUCGUCUCCGUCUAGUCUGUACGUAUUGCAUUCAACCACAAUCGUCUUCUUGAUUUCUGUGAAGAAAUGUCUGCCGGGAUCCGGUAAAACUUUAUUUUUGAACCAAAAGUGCGGUUCCUUCAAAUCUGGCAGCCAAGAACACAACAAGAUGACAUUUUAAAGGCAAAAACUCUUAAAAACUUUUAGCGCGCCGGCUAUGAGUUCCUACUUAUUUUUUGCCUCCAGCUAGAGCGGUGACGUCACAGUGACGUGGGUGAUAAAGGUAUGUUCACCCAAAAGGCAUCAAACAUACCGGUAUAUAAAAAUGUGUUUCACAAAGAGGAUCAAAAGAUUUAAGGGUUUGGGACGACACCUGUGAUUUAUAAUAAAAUCUAUAUUUUUGGGUGAACUAACAUUUUAAUGUUAUUGUCAGCAUCAUGUUCAGUUAUAUCAUUGUUUUUUAUUAUUUCUGUUUCUGGUUUUCCCUUAUUACAGAGUAAAUAAUCAGUUUUUUUUACCUGUAUUCAUAGUCCCUGAGUGUGUUAUCCUUCAUGUAGUUUACCACAUGCUUUUUAUUUCAUAAGUUCCUGGAUUUCUUACUAAAGUAUAUGUAAAGUGUUUAUUAAGUUUGUGCUUGAUGGACCAAACACAUACACCAUUACGGAUGAAUACAUAAAUCAUAAUCAUAACGUUUUAUCAUAAAUUACAUGUGUGUGUGUGUGUAUUUUGCACAGAGUAUAUUUUGGUGUUGGUACAUUAUGUGUAAUGUUUAUGAUGUCUCAGGUUUUGAAAUCUCCUUCAGUUUUCUGGCUUUGCAGAAUUUUGUGAAUAUCCUGCAAAAGAGAAUCAGACUUUGUUAUUAAUUAAUCAUUGAUGAAUUUUAAAGCAAAAAACUCUAUUUGUAUGUCAAUUUAUACCACAUUAAAAGGCUUG